GUGAGGUAUAUGAGAAAUAGGUUAAACAGGUUACUUUUUUACUAAUAGUGUCAAAGAAUAAUAUAAAAACUUGAUCUUCCUCAGUUACAUUACUUUCUUUUGUGAAUGUGAUUUCUAAAAAAAAAAAAAUGAAACAGUUAAAACUUACAGGUUUUGUUAUUUUCCUGUUCUGUGUGCCUGAAUCCCUAACCCUGCCCACACAGCCUCAAGAUGUAGAUGAUGUCAGUAUCACCCAGAAAUUUAUAGAGGAGAAUGUUGGAUAUAUCACAAUCAUCGCAUUUGCUCAGUAUAUUCAGGAGGUCUCCUUUGAAGAAGUAGAAGUGUUGGUAAAAGCCAUGACAGAAUAUAGAGAUAAAUGCUUGGGUGACGUGACACUCCCAAUGUGUUACAAAUUAGCUAAUGAUGUUUUACUGGAAAAUAUAUGUGCUCUGGAGGGACUGCCACAAAAGCAUAAUUUUUCACACUGCUGCAGUAAGGUCGACUUGGAAAGAAAACUUUGUUUCUUCCAUAAUAAGAAAGCUGAUGUAGGAUUUCUGCCUCCUCUUCCUACCCUGGAUCCUGAAGAGAAAUGCCAGACUUAUAAAAAUAACAGAGAAUCUUUUCUAAACAAUUAUAUAUAUGAAGUUUCCAGAAGGAACCCCUUUGUUUUUGCCCCUACACUUCUAACUGUUGUGGCUCGUUUUGAGGAGAUGACUAAAACAUGUUGUGAAGAACAAGACAAAGCUAACUGCUUUCGGACAAAGGCAGAACCUGUCAUACGAUAUUUAAAAGCAUCAUCUUCUUUUCAAAAAAAUGUCUGUGGGGCACUUAUGAAGUUUGGACUGCAAGUCUUAGAAUCGAUAAAUGUUGCUAUACUUAGCCAGAAAUUUCCCAAGAUUGAAUUUAAGGAACUUACCUCCCUCCUAAAAGAUGUUUCUUCCAAGUAUGAUGGAUGCUGUGAAGGGGAUGCCAUGCAGUGCAUCCAUGAGAGGAGCAAGGUUAUGAGCCAUAUUUGUUCCAAACAAGAUUCCAUCUCCAGCAAAAUCAAAGAGUGCUGUGAAAAGAAAAUGCCAGAGCGUGGCGAGUGCAUCAUUUCCUCGAAUAAAGAUGAUAGACCAAAGGACUUAGCUCUAAGAGAAGUGAAAUUUACUGAAAGCGAAAAUGUGUGUGAAGAACGAGAUGCUAAUCAAACGAUCUUCAUGGCUGAGUUUCUUUAUGAACACUCAAGGAGACAUCCGGAACUGUCUAUACCAGAGCUUUUAAGAAUUGCUGGAGUGUAUGAAGAUCUUCUGAAAGAGUGUUGCCACACAGAAAACCCUCCAGACUGUUACCGCCAUGCAGAAUACAAAUUCAAUGAAACAACUGAGAAAAGCCUCAAGAUAGUACAACGCGAAUGUGCACAUUUCCAGGAUUUGGGGAAAGAUGACUUGAAAUACUACUACCUUAUCAAAUUCACAAAGAUAGCCCCCCAGGUCUCCACUGAAGAACUGACCUUUCUUGGCAAGGAAAUGGUGACAGCUUUGGCCACCUGUUGCACACUGAGUGAAGAGUUUGCCUGCGUUGAUAAUUUGAUGGAUUUAGUUCUUGGAGAGUUGUGUGGAAUAAAUGAAAAUCGGAACAUCAACCCAGACGUGGACCACUGUUGUAAAACCAACUUUGCCUUCAGAAGGCCCUGCUUUGAGGGCUUGGAAGCUGAUAAAACAUAUGUGCCUCCCUCUACACCUCAAGAUUUAUUUACCUUUCACACAGACUUAUGUCAGGCUCAUAAUGAGGAGCUCCAAAAAAAGAAAGACAGGUUUCUUGUCAAUCUGGUGAAGCGAAGGCCUGAACUUACAGAUGAGGCGCUGAGGUCAUUGCUUACAGCCUUCACGGACGUGGUGGUGAAGUGUUGCAAAGCUGAAGGGCCUGAAGCCUGCUUUAACGAAGAGGGCCCUAAAGUGACAGCCAAAAGCCAGGCAGCUUGAGAAAUAUAAAGUAAAACCCACCAAAGGUUGUGGGGAAAAGAGAGGAACACUGGCUUACCUGCUUCCUAUCUGGCCUGCGGUGGAUUUUAUUUUCUGAGGAGAACGCAGUGAAAAGAUUCUUCUGUAAACUUUACCUGAAACUGUGUUAUUGUAGCAAGCAAUAAACAAGAUCAUAAAGUUAUUUCUCGAGGACUGA